GAGGGUGUGUAUGCAAAAUAUCAUCAACACAUCCCCGUGGAGAGUCUCGCCGCCCCAGCCUCCGCCUCCGAAUCUCGCGAGUAGCGAAAAAGCGGUCACGGCUAUGGCGGCGGCCGGCGGCGUUUCCUCCGACGAUGUUCCGAUCCUCCAGACGGAGAACCUCACCAGCAACGUCAAGUCCAUCUACUACAGUCGAACAUUCUUGUCGAUCAUUGGUGGAGUUGUUGCUGGAAUCUGGGGAUUCACAGGCCUGAUGGGAUUUGUCUUCUACUUUCUGAUAAUGAUGGUCUCAUCUAUUGGGCUUUUAGCAAAGUCAAAGUUUUCAGUGCAGACAUACUUCGAUAGUUGGAGCAGGAUUUUAAUUGAAGGAGUUUUUGGCGGCCUUAUGUCCUUUGUGCUGUUUUGGUCAUUUGCUUAUGACAUUGUUCACAUCUUCUGAUGGGCAUAGAAAGAGCUACUCUCGAAAGAAAGAAAGUAGAUUUGGGAUUUCUCCUGAAAUCGCACAUGGCCAUGAGCUCAUCUUAUACUCAAUUUUUGUAUUGGUAAUUGAUAUGAACUUUAGUGAGACAUCAGAUCUAUCGGUGUAGACAUGUACUUUAGCAAACCUCAUGAACUGUAGCAAUUUCUUUUUUGGAUGAUUUGUAUCAAUUGUGAAUUUGUGAUUUGUCAUUUCCAGCAGCCACUAUGGUACUGAAACUGAGGUUGAUAGAUAUAAAUUUUGUGUUUGGACUUA